CGGAGCAGAAGAGCGAAACAUGGCGACUUCGAACAAUCCGCGGAAAUUCAGCGAGAAAAUCGCUUUACAUAACCAGAAGCAAGCAGAGGAGACGGCGGCAUUUGAAGAAGUGAUGAAAGACCUCAGCAUUACCCGGGCAGCGAGGUUACAGCUGCAGAAGACUCAGUAUUUACAGCUGGGGCAGAACCGUGGGCAGUACUAUGGAGGAUCUUUGCCAAACGUCAAUCAGAUUGGAAGCAGCAGCAUGGAUAUGUCUUUUCAGACUUCUGGGCUAGAUACAAACAGGUCAACGCGACACCACGGCUUGGUAGACAGAGUCUACAGAGACCGGAACCGUAUAACAUCACCGCACAGAAAACCUCUGUCUUUUGACAAACAUGGACGCCAGAUUGACAGCUGUCCAUAUGGUGCAGUUUAUCUCUCGCCACCACCUGAUACCAGCUGGAGGAGGACAAACUCUGACUCUGCGCUGCACCAGAGCACAUUAAUCCCAGCCCAGCAGGCUUCUUUCACUGGAGGGUCACAGGAGCUUCAGCCAAAACGAGUUCUCCUGCUCACUGUACCAGGAGCUGAAGCAAUUAAACGAGAGGUUGAUGAGGACAGACAGGAACAGAGCUGGGAGUGCAAAAAGAACAUGUCAAGGUCUAAGCCCUGCAAAGUUCCAGGAAUAAACAUCUUCCCGUCUCCUGACCAGCAGUUGACCGCUUCACUAAAACCAGCAGUCCACAACACCGGUGGUUCUCUCCCUGACCUGACCAACAUCCAGUUCCCUCCUCCGCUACCCACCCCACUCGACUCAGAUGAUGCUGCAGUCGCUUCGUUCAGCUCCUCCAACAGCACACAGAACCUGGCAAACACCCAAGGAGUAAGCACAUCUCAGCCCACGGUAACCAUGGAAAUGCAGCCUGGGCAGGACAACAUGGUCCCUCUCAUCCUGAAUGCAGGAGACUCCCACCAGCCUCAGAGCCUGCAGCUCUCCCCUACAUCUCCUCCUCUCUCUCUCUCUCAGGCUGCCAUCAACGCCAUGAACCUCGAACAGCAGCUGUCCCAGUAUGCCUUCUUCAACCAGCAGCCGACAUCCCAGACCCACCAGAACCAGCAAACUCAUCUCCAUCAGCAACAAAUGGUGAUUUUCACAGAGGAAGACAGAAGUGUAACACCUAGAAGACAAUCAGCAUGCUAUACAGGUCUGGUCCAGCUGCCAUCUUCAGUGAACUCCUGCUCUACGUCAGACAACCAGACGUCCUCGCAAACCAACAUGACUAUCGACAUGAACACGGCCUCCUCCCUCCAACAGUACCGCAGUAGGGUUGGAUCCUCUGCCAAUCAGUCUCCAACCUCCCCUGUCUCCAAUCAAGGCUUCUCACCGGGAGGCUCGCCUCAACACAACUCCAUACUGGGCAGUGUGUUUUCAGACUUCUACGACCAGCAGCUCCCCUCUAUUCAGGCCAGUGCACUCUCACAACAGCUGGAGCAGUUCAACAUGAUAGAACCACCCAUCAGCUCAGACAGCCUCUAUAACCAGACCUCCACCCUCAACUACUCCCAGGCGCUCAUGAUGGGUUUGACUGGUGGCCAUUGCAACCUACAGGACUCACAGCAGCUGGGCUACAGUAGUCAUGGCAACAUCCCCAACAUCAUUCUCACAGUGAGUGGAGAGUCUCCCCCUAGCCUGCCUAAGGACCUCGCCGGCUCGCUGUCCACAGAUGUCAGCUUUGAUAUCGACUCUCAGUUCCCACUAGAUGAUCUGAAAAUAGACCCACUGACUCUUGAUGGCCUGCACAUGCUCAACGACCCAGACAUGGUCCUCGCCGACCCUGCCACAGAGGACGCGUUUCGCCUCGACCGGCUCUAACCAACGCACUGCUGCGUGCUGGUGCACAGGCGUGUGAAUGCCGCUGCCCUGGGAGGGAAAAGCGAGGAUGGGAGUUGGAUUUAGAGGAUAAAUAGAAAAGGAGAGGUAAUCUGAAGAGUUCUGGUCAGGGCAGAACAUUGAUCCCAUUACACCAACCCAAUCAAACCCCACAAGCGAGCUUUUAAAAGAAAAAUCACCAUAGAGGAAACGCAUUUUUACGUUUUGAAGAUGGCUGCCAGCUUCCCAUCUCUUCAGAACCAGAACCAUGGUGUACGGCGGAUGACACUCAAGUUAUGGUAUGAUUUCUGGUUGCAGAUCUCUAACUUUUUUUUUUUUUUGCAUAUGGCGCAUUUAAUUUUGUUUUAUUUUAUUGCCAAUAUUUUUACAGAACUUGUUAUGAAAGCUGAUCAAGCAUCAUUUUUGCAGAAUUAAUCCAUGGCUGUGUCCAAAAUCACCCACUUCUCACUCUAUUGUGCUCUUUAAUGGGGAGUCAGCAUUUUGUUUUGCUGACCUAAUUAGAAGUUAGUGUUAGUAUACCAUUUAGAGUUGAUUUAUUGUUUCCCUCAAUGCACUGUAAUAAGUAGUGAACAACCACUGGUCCCUAACCAAGUACUACAUGCAAUCGUGUAUUGGUGUGCAAAGCUUAGGUGAACUGACUGCAAGACGGAACAAACACAGACACAUAUUUGAUGGCAUUUUUGCCCAAAUCUAGAAAUUUUUUUGUCACAGUAUAAAGGAUUAUUUUUACAGUGUAAGGUUAGUAUUUCCUGAAGAUGAUUACAGGCAUGAGACCAUAGUCUAUAGGUUCAAAUUAAUAGAUAAUUAAUGUUUCGUUAUUUUCUAAAAACAGAGUAUGAUAUAUUUAUUUAUUAUAUUUCAUGGUGUUUCAUAGUGGUAAAACACUCUAAUAUCCUCCUGAGACCUCGCUGUGAAGAUAUUGCCGCAUGUUGACUUUCUUACAAUUUAGCAAUAAAUUCUGCUGUUAGAAUUUUAGAGAUAAUUGUCCAGAAUUUCCAUAAAAGUUUGGGUUAUUUGUUUGGAAUGUCUGGAGAAUUUACUGUCAAAUUUUCAGGAAUUUGCUUUCUGGAAAUGUAUUUGUAUAUUCUUUGGUUGGGGCAAUUUUAAAAAUUUGAAAUUGAUUGGAAGUUUGGGUAGGGGAUUUCCUAUAGGAAUUUUCAGGAUUUUUAAAGGGAUUUAUUUGUAAUUAAAGUAAAGUAUGUCUGAAAAUUUUCCAUAAUUUUCCAAAGAAUUUAGGGGGAUUUUUUGUGAAUUAGCUUGAAAAUUUUGCAGAAUGUGCUUAAAAAAUUGUCUGGAAUUUUCAGGGAAGUUUUGGUGACAUUUCAUGUUAAUCUUCAGCCUUUUUUAAAAAUUUUUUAAAUUUUUGGGGGAAAAGUUUACUUUAAUAUUUGUUGAAUAUCUGGGGACAAUUUGGGGUAUUUUUGAGGACUUUUCUUUUAAUUUUUUACAUAAAUCCUCAGUAGUGUCUCAGAAAUUUCAGGGAAUUUAGGGGGAAAUUUUUAUGUUCUGGGAAUCUCUCAUCAUUUUAAAGGGAAUUUUCCAGGAUCUUCAAACUUUAAGUGGAAAUUUAGUUUAUACCUAGCCUUGACAAGCUCUUGUGGUCCAUCAUCAGAAAAAAGGACUACAAGGUACAUCUCUGAAUGACUGACUCUAUUUCUAUUUCCCUACAUACUGGCCGACACACUCAAAAUGUGUAAAAAAAUUUAUAAAUCUACAUUUUUUGUGUGUUGUAUAGUGAGAUAGGCCUGUAGUCAUCAUAUGCACACAUAAUCUUUUGGUGAGAUCUACUUCCUGUUCAAGGACAAGGUGUAGGUUUUAAACUUGUCAGGCCCAACUGAUCCCAAGUAGGAACUAAAAAUGCAUUCGAAACUAAAGCUCCAAUCUCCGGGGGAUAUACAGUAUAAACCUUAUGGGCUGAAUGUCACAGUCUGUUCUGUCUGGCCCUGCUCCGGCCUCACAUCAAGAAAUAGCUGCCCUCUUGUGUCUUGAACUUGAAAUCCCUUACAGUGCCAGUGAACUCCCCACAGUAAUCUGUGUAUUGCACAUUUUUUGUACAAAAAGUUGCACGAAACGUCACUAUAACAUGCCCAUAAAUCAUUUUAUGAAGCAUAAAACAAAGCACUUUCCAUAGCAAUGCCUCUUUUGACACAGAAGCACCAAAUAGGCUAACUCAAGUACACUUUAAACGUGACUGUUAACAGGUGAUUUUUAACUGACUUUAGAUGUUAAAAAGAGAGCGUAUUGGUGAAUGUCCCUUUGUGUAGCCUGAUAAGCAAGUUUUGACAUUUUAAACACUAAACAGAGAGAUAAUCACGUGGCAGCUACAUCGGCAUCAAAGCUUUUAUCUGCUUUAAAAUCGCUGCCUGUCUUUAUGCCUGUGGUUUCUGUUUGUGAGCACCCUGGAGGUGAUUUGCUUCAUUUGACAGAGUCACUGACAUUUGUGUCAAGAAGGCUAAGUCUAGUUUGUUACUUUCUUUUACUUUUAAUUUCUCCCAAACACACCUAUACACCUAAUUAUUGGCUAAAAUGCGUUGUAGUGUAUUGUCAACAGUGGUACUUCCGCCAUCCACUGUAGUGAGUGAUGUCACAACAGUGACAUGUCUGCAAAAGGUCUUUAAAAUUCAUGCUGUUACUUGUAACCCCACCAUGUCAGCGUUGCGGCAGAUGAUAAUUGUGGGACUGCAACGAUGUCAUUAUUGGUGUCUAGUAAGAUGGAGAAGUGUCUGAGCGUCACUAUGUCCCAAUUCAGGGGUAGCAAAAGCACAAGUUGAUCUUAAUGGAUAGAUAUUUGUAUCUCUUUUCUGUAUAUUGAGCAGAAACCACACUAGAUAUCUGCAUUUGGAGAAAAUUUGAAAUUAUAAACUCACAAGGAGUCAUGAGGCUUCAGCGGUCCUAUGAUCCUACUUUUUUUAUUCAUAGUCGCCCAUUGAAUCUUUAUAUUAUGAACACAAUAGCACUGUUAGGGAAGCGAAAAUCAUAAAGACGUUACUCUCAGUGUAAAUCGAAGUGCAUUUAGUCAUAGAGGAAAAAAGACGGUGAGUGGAGCUGAUUUUAGGGUAUCUGUAUUAGUGCCUGCCAAAGAGAGAGAGAGAGAGGGUGCCUACCUGGGUGAGCAGUCCUGAUGGUUGAUGCCCGUACAGCUCUAAGUAUUGCUGUUCACACCUGGUCUGAUCCUCAACAUAAUCCAAUGACUCAGCAGUCUCUAAACACUUUCUUUCUUUCUUGUUUUAUCAGAACAUUUCUUUAUUAAAAGAAGAACAAAAGUCGAGUACUGACAUGUCUACAGUCGUCAUGAUUUUCGUUAUGCAGCUCUUUGUGGAGUUUACUCCUUCGGUAGGGGCGCAGCUGGAUAGUGACUACGUCACGUGUUUUGUUGCUCUGAUUGGCCUGUCAAGAUGUGACAAACAAAACGUUCAUCCAAUCACCCUCCGAAUUUUUUUUCAAAGGCUCUGCCCUUUCCCAAAUGCUGUGUAUGAGUGGUUUACCAGAUGGAUGUGUGAAACAAAUCUAUCUGGCGUGCCAGGUUAACAGUUAUCUAUUCAAUAUAGUGAAUUUGUCUUAUCAUGCAGAGUAUUUUUAGUUUAUCAUUUGAUCAUCAUUAAAUCCGCCUAUUUUUGGGCAUGGAUAGCCUGGUGGUUUGGGGUGCGCCCCAUGUGCGUGGUGGGCCCAGGUUCAGAUCUGGCCUGUGCCGCUUUCCUGCAUGUCUCCCCUCGGCUUUCCUGUCCCUGUUUCCGAUUCCGUCCACUGUCCUCUGCUGUCAGUGAAGACAUGGAGGGCCCAAAGAUAUAUCUUUAAAGAAAAAAAAGGCACAUAUUUUUACUAAGCCCCCUUUACAUUCAUAGCAAAGCAAAUGAGUAGAAACCAGAUACUUGCAUUUGAAUAUGUCACCCAGCUCAUUUGAUUUUGAGCGUAGUGAUUCUCCAUCUAUGUUGGGCCAUAAAAAGAUGCAUUGAAUGGAUGUUUUGUUGGCCAGUGAAGGGACUGUUCAUUUGCUUUAAAAGUAGCCAACAAAAUGGGACAGGCUUCAACACACUGUUGUGGUGUUAUCAGUUUUCGAAUCCAAAGUAUGCAGCCCCUGAAAUGGGAUACAGAGGACACACUUUGUAUUGUGUUGAUUAGUUAGUUCAGCUCAGAGUACUAAAUACAUUAGAUAGUAGUGAUUGAGUGUGUGAUUUUGGACACAGCCCUUAUCAAUCCACAGUAUUUGUCACACCUGCUAACACAGUACAGCUGGAUGACUCUGAAGAAACGCCUGUCAGGUUGAAGGACAGUUGUACUCUCACUCUGGAUGCUGAUUAUGUGCUAAUCCCUGUGUGGUUUGUCCAAAAAGCCAAAGUCAGGCCUGGUUUGAAUUUUCCACACAUUUCCUCUAAAAUCUCACAAGAUGCUAAGUCAUUUUUUAGUUAUUUCAAAGAAAAGCUGAUUAUUGAUAAUCACAAUGGUAAAUAGCAGUCAUCAGUUAUGCAUGAAAUCACAGAACACUGUGCAUACUUGUUUUGCCUUAAUAGCUUGAUGUUUGAUUUUCAUGCAAAAAUGACUUUUUUGUAAAUGAGAAAAAAAUACAUUUCAAAUGUCGAGUUACUGUUUUGCAGUUGGUCUGGCCUACAUCAAUCACAGUUGUAUUACAGGUGUUGUGCUUUGAAGGUGUACUGAUCUUUAUCCAUUUCCUCACCCAUUGUUAUCAUGACAUUUAUCACUCUCAGUUGUCAGUCAGUUCUAAACAGAUAGGAGUUUUUUGUUAUGAAGUAGAUGUUUACAGGCUCGUAUUGUGUUCUAUUUCUCAUGUACAGAAUGUGAUUAGAUUUUGCGUAAUGGUAUCUAUGCAAAACUACAGCGAUUGAUUUAGGACUGUAAAGUGAAACAUAUAAAAUUGAACCCAUAUAAAAGGAAGCCAAUGUGCAGGAUUCUUCUAGCGAUGGUGCCAUGUUGUGUUUCUUUUUUAUACUUUAAAAUUUCUUUAAGACUAUUUUGAUGUGGAGGGAAAAAAGGCUCGGUGAGUGUGGCACACAGUAGAAACUCUCCUGGAUUUCUCCCAAAGAUGUGACCUCAGUGUAGUUGAAAUAUAUAUAUUUUUCCAGAUAAUUAAACUGCCUCUAUACUAGAACAGCAUUGUUGAUGCAAUGAGAAUGUAUUUCGGUCACAUCUGUACGGUUGUGUUGUUGCCAUCUUGCCAUCCCCAUUGUCUGUCAUAUUUUUCAUGUACUGUAGGACCAAAUAUCUUUCACCUGAUUGUCUGUCUCCCUGCAAAGGAGAUGUGUUGUAUUGUUUUUAUUUUGUAUUGCUUCUUUGUGUCCUUGGCACUACAGUAACUCUGAAUAUGUUUCCUAGUCAUGCUACUGUUGUUUGCAUACCUUUUACAGUUUGUUUCAUGUCUCUGGCUUCUUUUGUUUCCUUUCUGCUCCAAAACACAUCUGAUGUCAGGAGCCACAGUGUAACUGCAUCCUUCAUAUUGCACUUUAUGCAUUUAUUUAAAACACUGAUUUAUGAGAGUUUAUUUACCCAGACUCCUGUGACUGUUACGUGCACUGGACCUGAUGGUGCCCUGUCUUACUUUCUUGUAAAAAACACAAAAAGAAAUAUGAAAAAGAGUGUAAUUUAUUUAUAGUUAUAUAUGAAAAGAUUUAUAAAUAUAGUUUAUGAGAACUGCUUUUACUGAAUCAGUGAGUAUUUUGUUAGCUGUCUACUAUUCAGGAAAACAUUUGUAUUUUUGGACAUAUCAGAGCUGUGUUGGAAAUGCAGCUCUGAACUAAAAUAUGUGUGAAAUGAAUCAGUGAUGAGCAAACUAAAAUUUUCUUCUUAAAAUAGCAAACAGUACUGUUAGAGUUUAGUGUGAUUCCUUUGAAAAUAGCAGGGCAUAAUAAAACAGCCUAGUGGGGAUGUAACGAUAAACUGAGCUCAUGAAGUGUGUCAGGAUAAUGUUUUUUUUUUAUUUUAUGAUUUUAUCACAGUUUUCUUGUUUUUAAGAUCCAAGAUUGAGGUCAAUUUAUAAAUAAAUAGGAAACUUUGAUUUUCAGCUGGCCUCUACCAUCCAGCUCUGUGACAAGACGCAGAAAACUUCCCUUGCUUCUACCCUGGCUGUUUCUGGACACAUACUGUAUACAUUGCUGUUAAAAUGUAUUUACUUCUUUCCUGAUUUCUAUUUUUUUUUUUUUUUUGUUGUCACACUGAAAUGUUUAAGAUCCUCACGCAAAUUUAAUAUUAGACAAAGAAAA